AUGGUAAAAAUAUUGUACAACCAUAGUAGACGGCAUCACAUCUUAGCAUACGCACUGGCAAAGGAGUGCAAGGGAGUAGAGGUAGAAUACUCCGCUGAAAAAGAAAGCGGUUGCUUCAACUACCAGUCUUUAAUUGACUUGCUGCAGAAUAUUCCAGAGAUAUCACUUGAGACAAUGGAGUACCUAAAUGGAUGGAAGCUAGGAAUGACAUAUCCUGAGAUAACCAAGAUAACAAACACUUUGGAGGAGUCAGAUAUAGAGGGUCUGCAGCCCAUCCAGAAGACACUUCUCUUUUUCCUUCUCUACUCUGAAACUAUUUUUGUAAAUCUUCAUAAGGCAGGAAAGCUGAAGAGUCUUGCAAAGGUAGAUAAAUUCUACACAGAGCAGCUGGCAGCAGAGGGAGAUUUGAUAAAGGAGUAUGAGAAGCAGAAGAAGGCAGACACAAAGCCAGACGACCAGGCUUCAUUUGACAUAGGUCUGCCAGAAGGAUACCGUGUGGUCACUAGAUUCCCUCCAGAGCCAAGUGGCUACAUGCACAUUGGCCAUGCAAAGGCAGCACUUCUCAACCAGUACUUUGCUGAGAAGUACCACGGACAGCUAAUUAUAAGGAUGGAUGACACGAAUCCAUCUAAGGAAAAGGGUGAGUUUGAAGAGAGCAUCAUGGAGGAUAUUUCCUCGCUGGGAAUAAAGGGAAAUGUAAAAACCCGCACAAGCAACCACUUUGAUCUGCUGCUUGAUUUUGCAAAACAGAUGAUAGAGAUGGGCCUUGCGUACUGUGAUAAUACGCCUGUGGAGCAGAUGCGAAUGGAAAGAGACAAAGGAAUCCACUCCAAAAACAGAACUGCGUCUGUCCGUGAGAAUAUGAGUGUUUUUAACAAGAUGAUAAGUACUAACGAGUGCGAUGACUACUGCCUGCGCGCCAAAAUAAAUAUGGAGGAUCUAAACAAGGCGAUGCGAGACCCUGUUAUAUAUAGAGUAAAUCUGACUCCUCAUCACUACACUGGAACAAAGUACAGAGUAUAUCCCACGUAUGACUUCGCGUGCCCAAUCAUAGACAGUAUAGAGGGCGUUACUCUGGCCUUAAGAACAAGUGAGUACCGCGACAGGAACCCGCAGUACAUGUGGUUUAUAUCUGCUCUUAGUCUGAAAAACCGGCCCAUCAUAUGGGACUUCUCCAGACUGAACUUUAAGAAAACUGUGCUCAGCAAGCGAAAUCUAAAGGAGCUGGUGGAGCAAGGACGAGUAAAUGGGUGGGAUGACCCUAGAAUGCCCACUAUCCGGGGAAUACUCCGAAAGGGUCUUACAAAACAGGCUUUAAAGGAGUAUGUGAUUAUGCAAGGUCCUUCCAAGAAUACUGUACUUUUGGAGUGGGAUAAGCUAUGGGCUAUAAACUCUAAAAUAGUGGAAAAGAGCGCAAAGAAAAUACACGGUAUAAGCAAGGAUGAUAUGAUAGACAUCAAAAUACUGCCUGGAGCUAGUGCUUUAGCCAGUGGAGACCGAGUGGUUACAGAAACUCUAUACAUCUCAAAGAGCGAUCUUGGGUCUAUUGCUGUCGGAGAUGACAUUACCCUUAUGGGCCUUGGAACCUUCAAACUCACUGAGACAUCUCCUCUUACUGCCAAGCCGCACGAAACCCAUCCAAAGUACACCAAGGCUAGGCUAACAUGGGUUCCAGAAGAAAGCGUUGCAGUAGCAACGGUUGAAUAUGGUGACUUACUUACUAUUGAUAAAAUGGAUGAGAGGGGAAUUAAUGAAGCUUUUAAUGAGGACUCUAGGCACGAGGUGCUUUUCCAAUGUGAUGAAAGAGUCAAAUCUGUUUCCAAAGGGGACUUUGUUCAGAUUGAGAAGAGAGGAAUUUACUAUGUGGACUCGGCACAGCCUCUUGUUCUUAAUCUAGUUCCAACUACAAAACAGAAUAAUCGAAAGAUAUAG